UGCGUUUAUUUGUCUUUAUUUAGGUACAUUCAGUAUGGAAAGGUCUAAAGAUUAGCCAGUUUGCUAGUCAUCUUAAUGCAAAUAAACAAACGGUGCAUUAUCCUUCCAGCACUAUAUCGACCAUGAAUACUUUUCAUUUUAAGAAGAGCACAGCUCAUGUCAUAACGUGUUUAUAUCAGAUCUGAACAGGCGGAGAUAUGAACGAUGCGGAUUCAGCCUCGAGGAAGCAUGCGAGCUCCCGAGAGCUUCAGACUCCCAAGAAUGAGGAUGCCUUUGAAAUCUCCAUUCCUUUUGAAGACAACCACUUUGAUCAGCAGGGAGGCUUUUACAACCAGAAUGACCAGAACUUUGAUGGUAGUGAUCCGCCGGCACCGAGCAGCUCGUACCUGUUGAUCACUAACUUGCGCACACAACUGCAGAUCUCACUGGAGAAAAAUUCAUGGCUGCAGAAACGCAUCGAGGACCUGGAAGAGGAGAGGGACUUCCUGCGCUGCCAGCUCGAUCGGUUCAUCUUCUCGACCAAGAGUCAGGAAAGCAACGGUAAUGAUUCCAGGAGUUUUUCUUGGAGAAGGAGAAGAGAAAAUGAUCGAGAUCAACAAGUGGAGAGUCAGCGUCUGGCCAGCCGCCAGUCAUUCCAGCAGAGGCCCGCCCCACAGACUUCAGCCAAUCCCAAGGCCCUGAGCUCUGUCCCUGGUCCAGUCGGUGCUCAGAUAAAUCCCAUGUAUGGAUCUCCACAUCCUCAGCCUCUUUUGCAGGGCACCGGCAGCAGCUGCAGUACAAACAACAGGUCCCUCAAUGAACUGCAAGAAUCCCUCUCUCUUGUGGGAGAUGAAGAAGAGGAUGACUAUCUUGAGGAUAGCUACCUUGAGGAAGAGGAAAUGAUGUCAAGAGAGGACGUGAUGACGGACAGCAUGUCACUUCGGAACAUUGGCACAGCUGUAAGAUCCAGCGGCGGUCAUCCGGCUCUGAAGAGAAGGAGGGUUUUCAGGAUCGCCAGAGGGAGAGAACGACAGAGAGUGAAAGAUGCGGCAGGUGUGUUGUUCCGCUAUAAAAAGAUCCUGCUAACAUACCAGAGGUUAAAGAACAUGUCCAAGGCCUUCCAGAUCCACGGUGUUGAUCGUAAUACGGUGGCCUCUACCACACCCAUCGCUGAGCUUCUGCUGGUGGCUCCAGAGAAGGUGGCGGAGGUGGGCGAGUUUGACCCAUCUAAAGAGAAGCUUCUGGACUACGCCCGACGCUGUUACAUCGCCCUCGACCCCCAGACACUCAGCAAAGUGCAAGCUCUGAAGAAGAACAAUCUCCUCCUGCCCAUCUCAUACAGGUUGAAAGGAACGGAUAAUCGGUAAUUGGAGGAAUAAGUGGGUUGAUUCUUAUCCUGCUGUACAGUGAAACCCCUUCACUGUAUUUUAAUGUACCAUAGAACACACGUCUCCCAUUUGAACCUCCACAUAAUGCAGUUCAGAUCCGCUGUACUCUGAAGCAACUCUACGAUUACCUCUGUUCACUCACUCAUAGAGCUGGACGCUCAAAGCUGCGGGUGGGCUGCACACUUAUGCUUUCAGGUUUGCCAUUUUAAAAAAGAACUCAGUUCUCAAACUCAUUAUUUCACAUCAGACAUCGUAGUAUCCUCUAACGGUUGCUCGGUUAAAUCUCAGUUGACACUUUUGAAACCAGUCCAAAAUGUGCAGCAGCAGCAUCAGCCCUUUGUGAUGUGUAGCUCUUUGCAAUGUGUGCUGCUCAGAAGUUCUUUGUUGAGUCAUUUGAUCCUUUCAGUUGUCCCGAGUGUGUGUCCCGGUUCUCCUUAUCUCAUAGCACUUACUUGACACACUGAAAGACUUUUGAAAUGUAGGUCCUUUUAAAAAGUGGUGCACGCAUCUACACAUGCACUCCUCCCGUUUUAACACCGUGCUACUCUUUGCAAGCGGCACCUGUAUGUUCUCAGUGGAGUGUUUGUGCAUGCGUCUCCCUUAAUCACGGCCCGUCUCCUAUUAGAUGACACUGACUGUUCAGCAUGUAAAAAGUUUUUAUAGUGUAAAUCAGUGAUGAAACGUGUUAAAACAGUUGGUAGUGUUACUAGUCUAGUCUAGUACCGCAUAGCAGAUGAUGUAAUGUGAGGGAGUGAGUGUAGACAUGUUCCUGUUCUUCCUGGCGCUGAAGUUCUCAUGAGUGUGUGUGUUUGUGUGUCUAAAUUCACCGUGUAUGUCUGAAUGCAUGUUGUGUGUUUGUUAGGAUGCAGUGUGCUUGAGAUUAGACUAUUCAAGUGGCUAAUAAACAAACAGCAAGCUUCUCUUUACAUCACAAUCUUUUUCUUCCUUACUAUCAGAUAACGUUGCGGGAACACUACAAAUAGUUUUCGUUUUGUAUUAACAUUAGUUAAUACAUUAAAUGUCAUAAACUAAAAGAUUUACUCCCAUCAUGAUGCAUUAUUCAUAAUCAAAAAAUGUCUAUGUAGAAAUUCACACAGAUUCUGAAAUUAUUUUCCAUUGUUAGUUCAUAAUACCCAAUACAUGAACUAAUGCUAACAAAUUGAAUCUAAUUGUGUUGUGUUACCGUAUUUGCAGUAUCUUUUUAAUGUAAGUUUCCUGUCUGCUACUACUGAUUACGGGUCAGGGCUCAAGUAGGUUUCGGUUUCACCUCAGGAACCAAUCAUUUGUGGAUAGUUUAGUUGAUCACAAAACCAUUUUCCACUGUCAGUUGUUUAUUUCCAUAUAGCCAAGAAGCGGUUUAUAGUCUAGUCUUUUUUGUCAUACUGAAAGAAACACUUAUGAAAUGUUCAUUAAUUCUUCGUGUUGUAAAUCACACUAAAGUAUUUUAUUUCCUACUGAAUCCUGUGCCACUUUACGCUUUCAUUCUGAUUCUUCUUUUUUAAGGUCUUGCUACCUAAUGGCCUUCCCAUAAUUCCUACAGUAAAAGUGCUCUUGAUAAAACUAAAAACCCUAUCUGCUAAACCAUUAAAUGUUUCUUUCAGUAAACUAACUAUCUGUUUAUUUUGAAGGCAAAUUACAGUUAUAAGCAGAGAUGGAAUUAUUCCAUGAAAACAAUACUUUUAGCUUUUAUGUUAAAAACCUACAUUAUGUACAUUGUAGACAACCUUGGGUAUUGUAAACCUUUUGGUCUUAUAAAGUCGCCAUCCUUAAUUCAUGAUCCUAAAUAAAAUUUGCACUGUGUUAAAGUCCAA